AUGUGUUUAUUCUUAAUAGACAACGUCCCCAUCAGGGUUUUCAAAAACCAAGAAGACCUUGGAGUCCCAUACCCUAAGACCCAACCCAUGGGGAUGUACUCCAGCCUGUGGAACGCAGACGACUGGGCCACGCAGGGAGGGCUGGUUAAGACUGAUUGGUCCAAGGCUCCGUUCACCGCUUACUACAAAAACUUCAAAGCUGAUGCUUGUUUCUGGGCCCUCGUCGGAGGAGCUGGACGCAAGGGGGAAGAAGAGGCUUAG